AAAGAACAUAUCAUCAUCAAAAAAAUAGGCGGCAAGGUCAGAAAUUAUUGGCGCCACAAGAGCAUUUUUUAAGUCGAGAUCGCUUCCCUUACUCUGAUGUGUGCUGCUGUGUUCGCCGUAAGAGUAAAUCGAUAAGGUUGAAGAUGGAGAAAAACCUAUACGAGGUUCUUGGUGUGGGAGCGACAGCAACACAGCAGGAGAUAAGGAAGGCAUACCAUAAGUUGGCUUUGAGGCUUCAUCCUGAUAAAAACAAGGACGAUGAGGAAGCUAAAGAGAAGUUUCAGCAGCUGCAAAAGGUGAUAUCGAUUCUCGGUGACGAAGAGAAGAGAGCAGUCUAUGAUCAAACUGGCUCCGUUGAUGAUGCUGAUCUUUCUGGAGAUGUGGUUGACAACUUGAGGGACUUCUUCAAGGCUAUGUACAAGAAGGUCACCGAGGAAGAUAUUGAAGAGUUUGAGGCCAACUACAGGGGUUCUGAGUCUGAGAAGAAAGACUUGAUUGAGCUCUACACCAAGUUUAAGGGUAAAAUGAGCAGGCUUUUCUGCUCAAUGCUUUGCUCAAACCCCAAGCUUGACUCACACCGUUUCAAAGAUAUUAUUGAUGAGGCCAUUGCAGCGGGAGAAGUGAAGGCAACAAAAGCUUACAAGAAAUGGGCAAAGGAAGUUUCGGAAAUAAAACCCCCCACGAGUCCCCCAAAGACCAGACGAAAGGCAAAGAAGGGUGGAGAGACAGAUCUUUACGCUAUGAUUUCACAGCGAAGAGAUUCGAGGAAAGAGAAGUUCGAUACAAUGUUCUCGUCACUUAUCUCAAGGUAUGGUGGAAAUGAUGACUCAGAGCCAAACGAAGAAGAAUUUGAAGCUGCCAAGAGAAAACUUGAAAGCCAGAGAUCUUCUUCAUCAUCAUCCAAGAAGAAGCCAAGAAGAAAGUAAAGCUUUUGGAGGUGGUUUUGCAAGCAAAGUAAGAUGAUGUGGUUUGUGAUGGACAAGAUAGUUCGCUGAAUCUUUAGAUCACAUGUUUGUUCUCCAAAGUUAAAUUUCUGCUACAGUGUGAAUCUCUUUCGUAAAAUUCUUAUUUGAAAGUAUCACUUUUUGAUCAGUCAAGACAGUGUUUUGCCUGAGAGAUUCAGAUAAUGUGAGGAUUUUACAUUUCACAGAACAUAAAGAAACUGUAAUCUUUCUGAGAAAAU